UUCCUACUAUCAAAUACCUAUAUGUGCUCUGCUAAGACAGGAGGAUAAAAGAGUGGCUUUAAUUAGGAAGUGACAUAAUAUUACACCAUUUGCAGCAGUUAUGCAGCAUUGAGCUUCAGUCCAUUCCCAUUAGUUACCAAAGCGCUUUGUGCUUUGCUCUUCCCCAGAAUGCUGUUGUGGAGUGGUGUUCUACUACAGACAUAAGAUUAUACAACACCCAGGUACUGCCAACGCAGUGGUGCACUGUUGCAUAAUAUUCUGCCCUGCUCCAGUUUACAAUGUCUUGACUGGAUUAGCACUCUACCUAUGGCAGAGCUGUCAUGUGCCAGCCCUGGAAUCCUGAUUCAGCGCAUGAAGUGCUUUAAUAAUGAACAAAUCAGAUAAGUUGAACCAGAGGCUGGAUCUUUGCUCUCCUGCCCAACUAUUCUAAUGUGGACAAACGGAAACCCCUUCACCACUACCUGCUUUAAAUCAGUGUAAGCAGCACCUUGCAAGAAGAAAUGUCUGGGAAUAUCCAAGCAUUGAAGCAGCAGGUCUGCAGUGCCAUUGACGAAGCAAAAGACAAGCUUCAUCAGUUAGGAUCAGACAUAUGGCGUUGCCCCGAGCUAGCAUAUGAAGAGAAACAGGCUCACGACACACUGGUCUGUUUUUUCAAAGAAGAAUCUGGAUGGAGCGUCGAGCCACGAUUUAAACUUGAAACUGCCUUUCGCGCCUCAUGGGAAAGAGUGGGUGGUAAAGAUGGCAGCCCUACAGUAAACAUCGGAUUCCUGUGUGAGUAUGACGCUCUUCCCGGAAUAGGACACGCCUGCGGCCACAACCUGAUAGCAGAGGCUGGAGUUGCUGCAGCUGUCGGCCUCAAGGCCGCUGUGGAAAGCAUUCCAGAAUGCCCCAUGCAUGUAAAGGUGACUGUUCUGGGGACCCCAGCCGAAGAAGAUGGAGGCGGAAAGAUUGAUAUGUUGCAGGAUGGGGCCUUUGAGGGCCUGGAUGUCGUAUUAAUGGUGCACCCCUCUCAGGAGGACGCUACUUAUCUCCCAACUGUGGCCGUACAUGACGUAGUGGUGAGGUACCAUGGACGUGCAUCUCACGCUGCCGCGUAUCCCUGGGAGGGCGUGAAUGCACUGGAUGCAGCCGUGCUGGCCUACAGUAACCUCUCGGUGCUCCGCCAGCAGUUUCGGCCGGACUGGAGGAUGCACGGCAUCAUAAAACAUGGGGGUGUGAAACCCAACAUAAUACCUGACUACAGCGAGCUGGAGUAUUAUUUACGCACCCCCACCCACCAAGACCUUGCUACUAUCAAAGGCAAAGCCGAAGCCUGCUUUCGAGCUGCUGCCAUGGCAACAGGCUGUGAGGUUGAGCUUCAGUUUGCAAAGAACGAAUAUUAUGAAAUCCUGAGGCUCCAGACUCUGGAAGACCUGUAUGAGGAGAAUGGAAAAGUUCUUGGUAUGAAGUUUGUCACAGAAGAUUCCUCUGGCUCUACAGAUUUUGGCAACGUUACCUUUGCUGUCCCAGGGAUUCACCCUUAUUUCUACAUCGGAUCCAAUGCAUUGAGUCAUACUGAAGAAUACACAGCUGCUUCUGGUGCGAUGGAAGCUCAGUUCUUUACCCUGCGUGCCGCCAAAGCCAUGGCCAUGACAGCCGUGGAUGUGCUCUUCCAACCAGGGGUCCUGGCCAGCAUCCGGCAGGAGUUCACAGAGGCCACAAGUGGCGUGGAAAGAAGCUUGAGAGCCCUGCGCCAAGGUCUAGACAAGCGGCAGCCACGCAAAUGCCCGGUUCAGCCACCUGCCGAAUCCUAAGGUGCAGCAUUUAGGAGCACUGGCUUUUCUUCCUCUUAGCCUGCAUUCACCCAUCCCCUUGGUCUCUGCAGUAAAAUGGUUCUUAAUGCAACUGAAUAUUUUUGUGUGUUGUUAAUAGCAGGCAAAAUAAAAAUGUGACAAUUAGAGCCAGCAAGUUUGAUGCACAUAGAGAAAAUAUUAUUACAGUAGAAAGCAAAGAAUGAAUGUCAAUUUAAUUCGGUUAAUGUUGUAUAAUCAUAUAGAACGUUGUUCAUGCAUAUCAAGAGCAAAUACCAAAUGCACUUGUUAUUUUACUGAGCCAGAGAAGAGUAUAUAAGAAAGGCAAAAAUACAAAAGCUGUUUCCUGAUUUCACACAACUGAUUUAAAUCUCCAAUAAAGUUUUAAUUCUGUAACACCAA